AAAAGUAAAGCAACAACAACAAUGACCAUGAAGAUUGCCGUAGUCUUGUGCCUAUUAGGAGUUGCUAAUGCCGGAAAUCUUCACGGUGGAUCAGCGCUCGGUUCAUCUGCCCUAGCGCACCACGGGGCAAGUCUCGGGACUAACCUUGGAUAUCCAUCAGUAGGUGCUAAUUUAGGACAUGGUUUCGGCGGCCUCGGAUACGGCGGCCUCGGAUACGGCGGUCUGGGACAUAGCUCAGGUCUUGGAUACAGUUCUAGUUUCGGACACGGUGCAAGUCUAGGAUACGGAGGUAGUCAAGGAUACAACGGUUGGCAGGGGUAUGGAUCCGGAUCGUAUAGAUCUGGUUCAUAUGGUCAUGGAGGUUAUGGAAGCGGUUAUGGAAACUAUGGUGGUUAUGGUGCAAACUCCGCCUAUGCCGGACCAGAGAAGGCUUCUAUUGUUCAGUACACGACAGUACACACAGCUGCCCCUAGUGCAGCUUAUUCUGCAGGAUUCAGUGGUCACAGUGCUUAUUCUCCGGCUAGCGCUUACGGCCACCAAGGAUAUGGUGGUUAUGGAUACGGUGGAUAUGGACACGGAUAUCAAAAUUAUGCCAACAAAUGGUGAAUGUGUGGAACAAUGUAAAUGUUGAUUUUAAUAAAUAAAUCAUUAAUG